CCAUACUAAAGGGUUUUGAUGUUAUGAAGCACUUCAAGUAAGUUGUUUCUAUUGCACUAAUUUUUCUGCUCUCUAUUAGCCCUAAUCUGUAGCUGUGUAACUUGUUUAGUUCGAUCGAUUGCAUUGUCUUGCUUAGUGUUAAUAAUCAUGUUACGUAAAAUUUGUUUUUCUAGUAAGGUUUUAAGUUGUCAAUACUUUAUGAAUUGUAGAUUGUAGAUGUCUGUGUUAGUGGAAACAAAGAUGUUAGGCAAGAAGAAACUUUGUCUGAUGGUUGAUACUGAAUCUCCCUCCACAUUUAAGCGUCUAAAAAUUCAUGCUACCCGCAAUUUUCCUGAAAAUUGUGGUCCAUUUGUUUGUCAAAACAAUGGAAGCAGAAAGAUCUACCCGGAAUUUCCAUCUAAUACCAAGCGUGUAAAAGUAGACUCUAGGAGGAGUUUUCCUGAGAAUUGUGGCCCUCAAAAGAGGGAUGGAAGUGAUACUCAAUGCUCUGUUGACGCUGAUAACAACAGUUGUUCUGAAGUCGAGUCAGCUGAAUCAUGUAAUUUCGAGGCAACUGGAAACCAACCUUUGAAAUUGAAAGAAGAAAAUGUUAUAUACGAUGAAUCUACUCAACAUCAUCAAGUCCAAAAGCAGUCAACUGAUACUUUUGAUUGGUUUAUAAAAGAUGAGCCUAUUGAAAAUGGACCUGCUAUUGUUUCACAAGAAAAUCUAAUUGACUGUCAAAAUGAUGAGCCUAGUAAGGAAACAUGCCAGAGCGUACACCGCGAAGAAGUUUCUGAUGAUGAGUCCAGGAGUUGGGUAGAUGAUGAUGACAUUUCCAUUUUAACAUGCUCCGAGUGGAACUCACUAACAUCAGCUCUCAAGGAUGGUAAGAAAGGUGGCAAGGAGGGCGAGAUCAUACACAAGUGCUCAGAUAUUUUAGAAGAUUUCAAGCCAUUGCCCGACAUCAUACGUCCUGAGCAGCAAUAUGAAUCUGUGUUCAUGAAGAAGCAAAUGGAUCUCGGAGUUCCUCAAGAAAAUUCAAGGAACUCUGCUGUCAUGUGUGGUGUUUCUGGUCAUGGAUUCUCAACUGAAUAUGAACAUAUUCAUGAAGUAAAACAAGUUAGAAAGACUCUGAAACUUUUUGAUGACGUAUAUACUAAGCUUUUGCAAGAAGAUAAAGCAGAGAAUCCUGAAGGACGAUCCAAAAGAAAAAUCCAUAUAGAGGCAGCAAUGACUUUGAAAAAUCAGAAAAAGUGGGUAAAUUGUGAAUGGACUUUUGGGCAUGUUCCUGGAGUUCAAAUUGGGGAUCGAUUCCGGUUCAGGGCAGAACUUGUUAUGAUCGGAUUACAUCACCAAUUUAUGAAUGGUAUCAAUUAUGUGAAUAUUGGCAGAAAAUAUGUUGCAACAAGCAUUGUUGAUUCUGGUCGGUACGAUAACGAGGCCAUAUCUUCUGAAACGUUCAUUUAUGUAGGUCAAGGCGGGAAUCCAAAAGUAUCUAUAAAUGCGAGAGUGGAAGAUCAAAAGCUUAAAGGGGGUAAUCUUGCCUUGAAGAACUCCAUGGACAUGGGAUGUCCGGUGAGAGUUAUUUGUGGUCGAAAAAGAGUGAAUGGUGAAAAGAGUGAUAUAAGAUACAUUUACGAUGGGCUCUACACUGUGACCAAGUGUUGGGAAGAAAUAGCUCCAACUGGAAAAUAUGUUUUCAAGUUUGAACUGAAGAGAAAUCCUGGCCAACCAAAACUUAAUCGUGAAGUAGUGUCACGACCCACAAGUUUAGGCAAGGUAGAUCAUUUUCAUGUUAACAAAGCAACAAAAUCGAUUAUGGAGUCAGAGUUUGUUGUGGACAAUGAUGUCUCGCAAGGAAAAGAGAAGAUACCAAUUUGUGUUGUCAAUGCAAUAGAUGAUGAGAGACUCCCAUCAUUUACUUACAUUACCAGCAUACGGUAUCCAGAUUGGUAUUACAUCUCUAAGCCUCAAGGUUGCAAUUGCACAAGUGGAUGCUCCGAUUCUGAGCAAUGCUCUUGUGCUUCUAGGAACGGAGGUGAGAUUCCAUUCAACACAAGAGGCUCUAUUAUUAGAGCACAACCUCUUGUUUAUGAGUGUGGUCCGUCAUGCAAAUGUCCCCCUUCUUGCAAAAAUAGAGUUAGCCAACACGGUCCUCGAGACCAUUUGGAGGUUUUCAAGACAGAAUCGAGAGGAUGGGGUUUGAGGUCACGAGAUCGUGUCUCAUCCGGAAGUUUUAUAUGUGAAUAUGUUGGGGAGUUGCUUGAUGAAAAGGAAGCUGAAAGUAGAAUAGAUAAUGAUGAGUACUUGUUUGAUGUUGGCAACUAUGAUGAAGAAAUCCCAAAAAGGAAUCCUAUGCGUAAUAAUAACCUCAAAGUUGAGUCAGAUUCUUUGGGGAGGAAGGAUGAAGAUGGCUUUGCCCUUGAUGCAGUUAGAUAUGGGAAUGUUGGAAGAUUUAUCAACCAUAGUUGCUCACCAAACCUUUAUGCUCAAAAUGUCAUGUAUUACCAUGGUGAUAGGAGAGUACCUCAUAUAAUGUUUUUUGCUUCUAAGAGUAUAGCACCAUUCGAGGAGUUUACGUAUCACUACAACUAUGGUCAUGUUUAUGAUAAAAAUAGUAAUAUGAAGAGAAAGAACUGUAUAUGUGGCUCUCAGAAGUGCGAGGGGAGAAUGUACUAAAGUUUUACUCAUGUAAUACUAUCCCUCUUGAGAUGAUGUUUAAAGCAUAAUUUUUAUAAUC